AUGGGGCCUCCCGCCGUCACCCCUCGCAAGGCGCCUACUACACCUUCCAGGGACCAUGCUUUUGUAUUUGGCGUCACACCACACAAGACUCCGCUUCGCACACCAGGAGGUUCCAAAAUAGAGCAGACCUCCUCGACACCCAUCAUCGACUUUAACGCAAUCGAAUCACAGAAGGAAAACGUACAGCCUCUCGCAAAGGGCAGAUCUGCACACGCUCUCUCCAACACACUCAACAUGCAGCACAAGCAGAGACAGACAUUGCUCGCGCAACAACGCGCCGAACACGAAGCGCUCGUAACCUCCGAGGACAACGCCGACUCAGACGACCCUCUAGAAGCUUGGACAAAGUACGUCAAAUGGUGCAUCGACAACUAUCCAUCCGGUCAAACGCACGAGUCAGGCCUUAUUCCGCUUCUCGAGCGAGCAACACGUCACUUCAAAGACUCGGAGCAGUACACCCACGACCCACGAUACCUUCGACUCUGGAUCCUCUACGCAAGAAAUGUCGAGUGUGCUCGUGAUGUCUACAACUUUUUGCUCGCCAACGAGAUCGGCACCAAACUCGCCAGUCUCUACGAAGAGCUCGCUGUCGUCCUCGAAGGACAGCGAAUGUACGAGGAAGCCGAUGCCAUGUACAAGCUCGGCAUCGCUCGCAGAGCCAAUCCUAUCGACCGUAUCAAACGUCGCUACGAAGAGUACAAAUCCCGGAUCAUUCUCGGACAUCAAGCCAUGCCUGAAUCUUCGGGCUCCUCCUCAUCAGGUCUUGCGACCAACUACGCCGACGCUCUCAAAGCUGCCAUGGUCACUGCUGGUCGAAGCAUGCUCGGCGAAAAGCAACCAUCCACAGGUCCCGCUCGUAGUCAUUCGGCAAAUGUCAUGCGAGGAGCAGGUGCCACCGUCGGCGCCAUCGGUCUCAGCACGCCAACGCCUUCUCUCAACAACGGCCGCAAGCUCAACGUCUUCCACGACGACGACGACGAGGAGCCAUCCUCCCGAUCAAAGUCACAGAGCGCUAGCACAAAAGGCUGGGAAGAGAUCGGUACCGUCGCAUCGCGCAACCAGGAAAACAUGCAGGCAGAUCGCUUAUCCGGCCUCAAGUCUUUCAAGAUUGGCGCUUCCGGUGGCGUGUCCAAGAAGCCCGGUUCGGGUCUAGCCGUCUUCAAGGACUCGGAUGAUGACGACGAUGAUGAAGCUGACGAUGUUGCAGCCACCCCAAAGCCUGCCGGCGUUCUCACUCCUAAGGACCAUUUCGGCAAACACGCUGCUGGUCUGGGUCGCAAGCCGCAAUCCAGCGAGACCGAUCUCUUACGCAGCAACCCCUUUGCCUACUGGGACAAGGACGCAAAGCUCGUACCUGACCCUGCUAGCUUGCGUCCUGUCGCUCCAGAGUCACACUCCUCACGCAAAGUCUCGAGCUCUAGCACGGGAUCCAGUGGCGAGAGCCAUCGUACAAAGACUACGGUCUCCCGUUCCGUCCAGCCUCUCGCAUCCUCAAGCGCUUCCGGUUCUCAAGCUGCUGCCGCCACCGCAUCAACAAAUGGCAAGCGAGAGAAGCACGCUGCUCCAGUCGUCAAAAUGUAUCCUUCUUUUCGGUCCAAGUCGCAAAAAGCCUUUUACAAGCAGCACGGAUGGCAGUGCGAGUUGACAUUAGAAGAGCUCAUGGCAAGAAAGCGGGGCUUUGCUUCUGUCAUGGAAGGAUGGGAAGAUGUUGCCGACUCCAGCAAGGCUCUCUCGGAUCCUUGGUCCUAUCUCGAUCAACUGGCCGGACGCUGGCUUCCUGAGGAUCGCCCUCCCACCAAAGCUCCAUCUGCCGCUCCAGCCGAGACUGAAACAAAGGAUGACUUCGCCGUCGAACCCACAGAGACGGUCCAUAUCGAUCAGACUACUGGCAUGUUCCCAUCCAGGGACGUCUUUGACCCGGACAACUCAGUCGCAAAUGCUGUCGCACUCAACCUGCGGCCCAGUCUCAAGAAGAAGAAGAAGCGUGAGGGUGAGAACACCACCAAGGUCAGGAUGAGCCCCACACUUGUCACCAAAGCUACGCUGCUAGAGGUCGAGAACAUGUUCAAUGGCGACAGCGAAUCGGACGAAGAGAGCAGCGAGGAUGAGGACGACGAUGAUGAGGAAGACGACGAUGAGUACAUUGCGCCUCUUGCGAGUGUCUCGCGACCUAGCAUGCGUCAGAUCAGCCUCGGCUCUGCCGCCCAUGUGCCACCGACCCCGACACCGUUGUCUAGGUCUAAUCACCUCCCCAAGUUUGCCGUCCAGAACGACGAGAAUGCUGGUGUUUCAGCAACCCCUCUCAGGACGCUCGCAAGUCAGGCACCAAGACUUGGCUUGGGUGGUGCUAACCCUAUGCGCACGCCAUUAUCAUCCAAGUCGACGCUCGCCACACUCGGUUCCAAGCCCAUCUUCCGUGAAGAGGACGAGGACGAUGAGGAACAGGAGGAUUCGCCAGCCCAGGCUGAACAGGAGCACGCGAACCAGGCGGAAGCCAUCACCGAGACAGCCUCGCCCGAAAGACCAUCUGGUCUUCCGUCCGAAGAUGCUGUCACAGUUGCACCUGUACCUGUGCCAGCAACGCCUAUGCCCUCCAACAGGCAAUCAGCCAGUCGGCGCUGGAUCGAGCCUAUGGCAGAAGAAGAAGAGGAGGAAGAGGAAGAGGAAGAGGAAGAGGAAGAGGAAGAGGAAGGAUAUGUCGUUGAUGAGAACGGCGAGCCCAUCGAAGGCCAUGAUCCUGGCUACGAGGGCAACGACCAUCUUUUCCGACCUCAAUUUCAGCCCCUCACUCCCAUCACCGAGGCAACCUACGAGUUCACGCGCUACACCAACGCCCGCACCCCAGGCACAGCGACGCGGUCAGCCAUUGGUUCCGCACUCAAGUCUUGGCUCUCCGUCAAAGAGAAUCAAGAAGAGGACGAUGACAACGACGACCAAGGUGUGGGAAGUGGUGCGGCCGGCGCCAUUUUGACUGCCGGCCCCAUCGUCAGCCAUAAUCGGGCUGUUGAACAGGAAGCUGAGCAGGCGGACAACUCGCAGAACCCUUCCGACGAGCGCAGCUUUGCCUCCACUUUUGGAGAGGACGCCAAUCGAUCCGCCUGGAAUGCCGACAAUAAAGCUUCCUUCGAGCUCACUAAGGGCCUGACCAUCCGUUAUGCAGCUUCCGAGAACGAUGACGAAGACGAAGGCGAACUUGACGGUGAAGACGGUGAAGGUGAAGGAGAGGAUCGCCCUCAACGACGGGAGCUUCAUGAGCGUUUUGACAACUCGCUUGUCAUUGAGGAUCCUUCCGCCGAUUCGCAGCGAGAGGCUGAGGCUGAAGCCGAAGUUGUUGUUGUUGUUGAUGCAGAGGUUGAAGACUUCAAUCCACCCAAUCCGUGCUCACCUGUCGACCCCAACGUUCUCAAUGCGAUCCUCGCAAGACUUGACACACCUGUCGAGUCUACGCCGAGCUUUGUGGGACUCGCCGAUGCUUCCUCAGACAAUCUUCUCUUGGAGCUGCAGAAGAAGUGCAAGUCCAGCCUUGCGGUCAACCAGAUGACGCGCAAGAGUAUGGGUGGUACUGUCUUCCAAGGCACGGGCAAGCUUUCCUCACCCUUCAAGGUUGAGAUUGGUGGCCAUCCUUUCGAGAUCCGCGGCAAGCUUGGCGAAGGAGGAUACGGUGCUGUGUUCCUAGGCUACGACGUUGACUCUGCCGCCACUAGCCACAACACGCAGGGCGAUAACCUCGCCAAGGAAGAUGGCGACUCUGACGAUUCCGAUUCCAAUGAUGAUGAUGAUGACGAGGACGAUGAGUCGGAAAGGCGCAAGCAAGUUGCUAUCAAGGUCGAGUCACCAGCCAACCGUUGGGAGUUUCACAUCCUCACCCAGCUCCAAGCCCGACUUCCCGAUAUCCUCCUCCCGUCUAUCAUCUCAGCGCGUAAGCUCUAUUGCUAUUCCGACACCUCGUUCCUGCUCCUCGACUUGGGUGAAAAGGGAACGUUGCUCGACGUCAUCAAUCACUCACCCACUGCAGGCGUUGCCGCAGCAGGCGCCGACACCGGCAGCGGUGGCGCAGGUCUCGAGGAGGUGCUUGCCAUGUUCUUCGUUACCGAACUUCUUCGUGUCAUUCUCGGCAUGCACAAGGCCGGCAUCAUUCACGGUGAUCUCAAGAUCGACAACUGUCUUCUCCGCUUGGGAGACGUCUCUCCUGCCAGUGCGUGGUCAAACAUCUACGCUCGCGACGGAUCUGCUGGCUGGUCAUCCAAAGGUCUUGCACUCAUCGACUUUGGUCGUGCCAUCGACCUGACCGCAUACCCCGAUCCUUCGCAAGCUUUCAUCGCCGACUGGGACACGGACACCAAGGACUGCCUAGAGAUGCGACGUGGUGAAAGUUUCACUUUCGAGACCGACUGGUUCGGCAUUGCUGCCGUCGCACACUGCCUGCUCUUUGGUCGCUACAUGGACACGAAGCAGGAAGGCUCGAAGUACAAGAUCGCGGCAAGUAUGAAGAGGUACUGGCAGUCUGGGCUAUGGAACGAGCUCUUCGACAUCUGCCUCAACCCGAAAGUCCGCAAUGCAGACGGUGAGAUUGAAGAGGCGCUUGACAAGGACGCCGUACUCGCCAAGCUCGACGCCUGCUUGGAGAGGAUGCAGACUUGGUUGGAGGGCAACUCGAACAAGGGAGGCAAGAAUCUCAAAGGAUUGCUCCGCAAGCUUGAGAUCUGGGCCAUGAAGCAAGGUCAUUAG